GGCAGGAGGGGGCCCGUUGCAUUGUGGGCUUAACCGGAAGUAUGCCGGAGAGAGGACAGCGUUACUGAGCAAUGUUGGAACAUAUCGUUCCGUGAUUUUUCCUUGUGGAACUUAUUUAAUUUUCGAGUAGACACACAACAAUAACAAUGGCCAACGAGCCGGUGAGUGCGGCGUUCAAGCUGUACUGCCUGUCUGUGAUGACAUUGGUGGCAGCGACAUACACUGUGGCCCUGCGAUACACCAGAACAAUAUCAUCAGGGGACCUGUACUUCUCCACCACUGCUGUGUGCACCACUGAAGUCAUCAAAUUAAUACUGAGUCUUGGGAUGUUGGCGAGAGAAACGGGAAGCCCCAGUCGGUUGAAGAAUUCUCUGGUGGAACAUGUAUUGCAAAGCCCCAAAGAACUGCUCAAACUCAGCGUUCCUUCAGUGGUGUAUGCUGUGCAGAAUAACAUGGCCUUCUUGGCCUUAAGCAACCUGGAUGCAGCAGUGUAUCAGGUGACCUACCAGCUGAAGAUCCCGUGCACGGCCCUGUGCAUGGUGUUCAUGCUGAACCGCUCCCUCAGCAGGAUGCAGUGGUUCUCAGUCCUAAUGCUAUGCGCCGGGGUCACCCUGGUUCAAUGGAAGCCUGCAGAAGCCACUAAAGUCCAGAUCGAACAAAACCCCUUUCUGGGUUUUGUAGCCAUCGCGAUCGCCGUCAUUUGUUCUGGGUUUGCAGGUGUUUACUUUGAGAAGGUCCUGAAGAGCUCCGACACGUCCCUGUGGGUGAGGAACAUCCAGAUGUACAUCUCUGGCAUCGCGGUCACGCUGUUCGGAGUGUGUGUGACAGACGGCGCCAAUGUCAUGGAAAAGGGCUUCUUCUUCGGCUACACCCCCUGGGUAUGCUUUGUCGUGUUCCUGGCCAGUGUUGGGGGUCUGUACACCUCGGUUGUGGUGAAGUACACGGACAACAUCAUGAAGGGCUUCUCUGCCGCCGCCGCCAUCGUUAUCUCCACAGUGGCGUCGGUCCUCCUGUUCGGUCUGCAGAUCACGGUGACCUUUGCUUCUGGAGCCAUGAUGGUGUGCGUGUCCAUCUACCUGUAUGGCCUGCCCAAGCAAGAAGCAGCCAAGCUGCCCCAGUACAACGCUGACGACACAGAGGUCAAACAGAAGUUGAUCACUGUCUGAAGGGGUUGGGCCUUGGAGGGCCUCCAAAGGACUGGUAUUUUCUUGAUUUGUAUUCCAUUUGCGUCAACGUUCAGGCCGAUGGUCACGUACAACAGAUGGAGGCUAAUUUUAAAAUUACAUUGAUUUGUGGUGACUUGUAAAUACACUGGCUUAAUGCCAGGCCACUGCAGUCGAUUUAGAGGGUCCAUGUGUUGAAAGGUUAGCUGGGACUCAGCCACUUCACGAUAAAGCCUGUUGAAUCAAGGCUUUCAUUCUACCAGACUGUUAACGAGUGCCCAAUCACAACGGACUGCAUGUCGACUCAUAUUUCUAUUGUACCUUUUGUCUACUUUGAUUCUGUGAUUUCUUAAUGUUUUGUCAAGUUCGAUUUCCCUUCUUUUUUAAACGUAAAGCAAAUCAAAGCUUUGAUUAAAGUAUAUAACCACCAGAAAGAAAGGAGUCCUUUUGUUACACUUAAAUAAAUGAAUGAACGGAG